GUGACUGAAUAACACUAAACUAACAAGGAGCUAGCUACCUGAGCCUGAGCCUGAGUCUCUGCGCGUGUGUGUGCUGUUGAUCUCAUCCUCAUCUGAUUGGGAUUUGGGAUGGCUCUUUCUUCGUUUGUGGUUAAUCGCCCUCCCCUACUUCGUCUUCAUGAAAACCUACCUUUACCAUUUGCUCCGCAAUCCCAAACCCAGCCCAAGCUGAAAUUUCCAUCCGUUGGAAUUCGAUGUUCCUCCUCAACUUUCAACGACAAAACCCUCAUUUCCCUCACCACUCAAACUUCCACACACAAUAACCACCCUCUCCUUUGUCGCGCUCGCUCUUCCAAGUUUCCAGGACAGGAGAGCAACAAAUCAUAUGUAGAAGCCUAUGCCAUAGGGCGACAUAUUCGUAUGUCUGCUAGCAAAGCUCGAAGAGUAGUCGAACAGAUUCGGGGACGUAAAUAUGAUGAAACACUGAUGAUAUUAGAACUCAUGCCUUACAGAGCCUGUGAAGCCAUUCUUCCAAUAGUGUUUUCGGCAGGAGCAAACGCUAGCAAUAACUUGGGUUUAAGCAAAGCAAGUUUAAUUAUUAGUAAAGCUGUGGUUGAUGAAGGGAGAACUAUGAAAAGGAUGAGGCCUUGUGCACGAGGGCGGGCUCAUCAAAUUCUAAAGCGCUCUUGUCAUAUAACCAUCGCAGUAAAAGGUUUACCUAGUGAGGCUGUCGUGGAAGCAAAUCCUGCUUAAUCCUAUUUGGGACAAAAAUGUGUGCCUUAUUAUGAAUCUCCUCCAACCAUUACAUUUCUUGAAAAUUUCUGCAUUUUGAUAUUAUGUUUCUCAUUUUAUACAAUGGCUCUUAAGAGAGGAGUAAUUGAGUAUGUGGUAAGUGUACGUCUAUGUAAGAGCUGUUUGAAUGUUUUAUUUAAUAGUGCUGAAAAUGAAAUGUUUUAGCAUUGAAACUUGACAAUAUAUUCCACUUGUUGUACCAAGGGGAAUAUCGUGAAUGCUUAGGCUAUAUGAAGUUGAAAUCUGCAAGUUGAUGAUCACGUUUCAUGUAAUGCAUUUUCCUGUUCCACUUAUAAUCGGCU